AUGGAUGAAGAAGCUCUUGUGUGGUACCAAGAGGCAUUGGAGGGAGGUCAGUUUCGAGAUUGGGAUACCUUUGCAAGGUCUUUGCUAAUUCGGUUUGGACCAACAGCUUAUGAUGACCCCAUGGAGGCAUUGACUUGUUUGAAACAAACAGGUUCUAUAGCUGUUUUUCAAGCACAGUUUGAGGCCCUUUCUAAUCGGUUAACGGGAUUAUCCGAUGUGCACAAGCUAAGUUGUUUCCUAAGUGGGUUGAAAGAUGAGAUCCGCCUUCCUAUCCGCAUGUUCAACCCUGUUAGUUUAAGUGCUGUGUACGCAUUGUCUAAAAUACAAGAAGAAUACCUUGCAAGUUCCAAGAAAUCCAGCAAGGUGUGGGUAGAUAAAAUCAGUCCAAUGGUAGGAGGAAGUUACAGCCGUGGACCAUAUUCGGGGGAAGGAAACAACACUAAAUGGCAAAAGCCUUGGGGGGGAACGAGGAAGGUUUCGUCCAUUCAAAUGGAUGAAAAGAGAAAAAAAGGGUUAUGCUGCCACUGUGAUGAGAAAUGGAACCCACAGCACACGUGCAAGAAUCCUAGAAUCUACUUGAUGCAAGUGGAUGAAGAGUUAUCUGAAGCUGAAAAGGAACCAGUAGUGGUAGAGAUCACUGAAGAUGAAAUAGGAGUGGCUGAGACUAGUGUGGAAGCACCUGAAAUUUCUCUAGCAGCCAUUACAGGAACACCCACCAUGAGUACCAUGCGUUUACUAGGAACUUUGAUGGGAGAACCUGUCGUAAUCUUAGUGGACUCGAGGAGCUCACACAACUUUGUGGAGUCCACUUUGAUAACUAAGUUGAAGUUGCCUAUUGAUGCUUCCAGCAACUUGAAUGUAAGGGUGGCCAAUGGACAGAGUUUGAGGAGCGGUGGGGCAUGCAACGAAGUGAGGUUAAAGGUGCAAGGUAUAGUGUUCCCACCUUCUCUUCAUUUAUUAAAUCUUGCUGGUUAUGAUAUUGUGUUUGGCAUUCAAUGGCUGGUUACUUUAGACACUAUAACGUGGAAUUUUUCUAAGCUAUUGAUGGGUUUUACAUAUGGAGGAAAAAGUGUGGAAUUGAAGGGGUUAAAAUUAAACCCAUCUGUGAUAAAAGAUGGACACAAGCUGCUCAAGACCACCACGGCCAAGAGCAGGGGAAUUUUGUUACAAAUCAUGGCCCAAGAAGUAAAAGAGCAAAAAGAAGAAGUGUUAGAUCCUGAAUUUACCAAAAUGUUGGCUGAGUUGGGAGGGGUUUUUAAGGAACCUGAGGGGUUACCACCACCCAUAAAAUAUGACCAUAAAAUUGUCCUCAAGGAGGGCACUCAACCCAUUGCUAAUAGGCCAUACCGAUACCCUUAUUACCAAAAAACUGAGAUAGAAAAGAUUGUUGCAGAGUUGUUAAAAUCUGGAGUUGUAAGACCAAGUAUGAGCCCUUUUUCAUCUCCUGUUUUACUUGUAAGAAAGGCCGAUGGGAGUUGGAGGCUUUGUGUGGAUUAUCGGGCACUUAAUAAAGAAACCGUGAAGGCAAAAUUUCCCAUUCCUGUGAUUGAUGAACUGUUGGAUGAGUUGGCUGGUUCAGUAAUGUUUUCUAAGCUUGAUUUAAGGUCCGGAUACCACCAAGUGAGAGUGGCAGUGGAUGACAUUCCCAAAACAGCUUUCCAAACACAUGAAGGGCAUUACGAGUUCUUGUCUCGAAGGAAACAUUUGAACCAUUUGAAACAGGUGUUAUCACUGCUGGAACAUAAUUCACUGUUUGCUAAGAGGUCCAAGAGUAGGUUUGUUGUGGGAGAAAUUGAAUACUUAGGCCAUGUCAUUAAUGCUAUGGGGGCUAAGAAGGCCUUUGAGGAGCUGAAACAAGCUGUAUCACAGCCUCCCAUGUUGAGAUUACCUGAUUUUAAUAGUCCUUUCACUAUUGAGUGUGAUGCGUGUGGAACGGGACUGGGUGCCGUGUUAAUGCAAGCGGGGCAACCCAUUUCUUAUAUGAAUAAAGGGCUUAAGGGGAAGGCCUUGUUGCUAUCAACGUAUGAAAAGGAACUCUUGGCCCUUGUGACAGCAGUUCAAAAAUGGAGAACUUAUUUGCUUGGUCAAACUUUUAUUAUUAAAACUGACCAAGAAGCGCUGAAAUACUUGUUGGAACAAAGAAUGGGGACUAAAAUGCAGCAAAAAUGGGUGGCUAAGUUGAUGGGCUAUCAUUUUUCUAUUGAGUAUAAGAAGGGAAAAGAAAAUAAGGUGGCAGAUGCACUCUCAAGAAGGAUGGAAGGCCUAAGCAAGGGGGAAUGUGCAGCUAUACUCUAUUUCCCUACCCCUUCAUGGUCUGUGGCAUCAGAUAGGGACCCAAUUUUUCUAAGUAAUUUAUGGAAGGCCAUCUUCACUGCACAAGAAUCUUCACUGGACUUCAGUUCAGCUUACCACCUGCAAUCGGACGGCCAAACAGAAGCAGUGAAUAAAUGCGUGGAAGCCUACCUAUGUUGCUAUGCUAGCUCCAAACCUAAAGUAUGGGUUCACUGGCUUCCAAUGGCUGAGUGGUGGUAUAAUACCACCUAUCAUACAACCACUAAAAUGACCCCUUACCAGGCUGUCUACGGCCACCCCCCACCCACUCUUCUAUCCUACAUACUCGGCACAGUUACAAAUGAUGCUGCAAAUCAGUUCCUCAACAACAGAGAUCAAGUUAUCAAUGUACUGAAGCAGAACUUAACAGAGGCACAACAAAGAAUGAAACAUUACGCUGACAAGCAAAGAACUGAAAGAGAAUUUACAAAAGGGGACUGGGUUUACCUUAAGCUUUAG